AUGGCGAUCAGGAACGUGACGGCGGCGACAAGGUCGCUGGACGGGGACAUGACGGUGGACGAGUUCAAGGAGUGGCUCCGGCGGUUCGACGUGGACCGCGACGGCCGCAUCAGCCGCGACGAGCUGCGGUGCGCGAUGCGCACCAUCCGGACGCGCUUCUCGGGGUACAAGAGCAAGCGCGGCAUCGAGUACGCCGACGCCGACGGCGACGGCUACGUCGACGACGGCGAGGUGGACGGACUCAUCGAGUACGCGCAAAAGAGCCUCGGGCUCAGGAUCGUCGCCUACUAG